GGGACGGGACGGGACGGCACCGACGGGACGGGACGGGGCAGCACGCGCACCCCCGCCGCCAUGCCCAAUGACUCCCCGGCCUUCGGCAAGCCGCAGGAGGCCCCCGGCCCCGCGGACAAGGCGGGCGGCUUCGCCAAGGCGGCGGCCCAAAUGGCGGCCGCCCCGGCACCGGGGGUCGCGGCCGCCUCCGCCGCCUCCGCCGCGGCGGGGAAGAAGCUGCCGCGGCUGCCCAAGUGCGCCCGCUGCCGCAACCACGGCUACUCGUCGCCGCUGAAGGGGCACAAGCGGUUCUGCAUGUGGCGGGACUGCCAGUGCAAGAAGUGCAGCCUGAUCGCCGAGCGGCAGCGGGUCAUGGCAGCGCAGGUUGCACUGAGAAGGCAGCAAGCUCAGGAAGAGGAACUGGGAAUCAGCCACCCAGUACCCCUGCCCAGUGUCCCAGAGCAGUUCAUUAAGAAGAAUGGUGGUGGCAGCUCUUGUCUCUUGUUGGAAAGCAGCAGCCCGACACACUCCACAAGUACAGCAACAACAGCAACUAGCACGCCCUCAGAGGGACGGAUGCUCAUUCAGGACAUCCCUUCCAUCCCCAGCAGAGGGCACUUGGAGAGCACGUCUGAUUUGGUUGUGGACUCCACCUACUACACCAGUUUUUACCAGCCAUCCCUGUAUCCUUACUAUAACAACCUGUACAACUACUCCCAGUACCAAAUGGCAGUGGCUGGUGAGCCUUCCUCAAGUGAGACAGGGGGUGCAAUUGUAGGGCCGGCCAUGAAAAACAGCCUUCGAAGCCUCCCAGCAACAUACAUGCCAAGCCAGUCAGGAAAGCAAUGGCAGAUGAAGGGGAUGGAGAACCGCCAUGCCAUGAGCUCCCAGUACAGGAUGUGCUCCUACUACCCACCCGCUUCUUACCUGGGCCAGGGGGUCGGAACUCCGGCGUGCGUCCCGCAGAUCCUGACCUCAGAGGACAUCCCCUCAUACUCAGAGUCGAAAGUGAGAGUGUUUUCGCCGCCCAGCAGCCAGGACUCCGGCCUGGGGUGCCUGUCCAGCAACGAGAGCACCAAGGGGGACUUGGAAUGCGAGCCCCGCCAGGAGCCCGGCGCCUUCGCGUCGAGUGCCUUGCCUUAGAUCGCAACGUAAACUGCAAGCAAAUAAGUCUCUGAAAAGUUACUGUGAUUUUCCGUGUUCGUUAUUUUGUUGAAAGCUGCUCGUUGUGUUCUUUCUCCGCGUUACAGAAGCCAACCUGAAAUGAAACUAGUCUGGAAAAAUUCAUUGUUCUCUGUAGUUGCAGCUGUACCUGAAAUAAAAAUGUUAUUGAUGACUGAAUUUUCUUGUGUGUAUAUUUGGUGAGCUGUAUUAAAACAGAAAAAAAGAAAUUACUUGUAUUUUCUUCGCUCUGUGCUUUGAAAACAUCUAUUUGAUUUCACCCCCAUCUGUUGUAAUCAAUAACCUGACCAUCUUGUUUUUUAUUAAAUGCACUUACUCUUAA